AUGCAAACGGUCAUUUCCGAUCUGAGAUAUCCGAUUUAUAAAAUCCCCUUUCCUGAGAUUACCAUCUGCAAUCAAAAUCGCCUCAAUUGGCAGCGUUACGAGGAGGCCCGAGAGAAAUUUCUUCGGCCCAAACAUUUGACCCCGGAAUAUGAGGAAAUAUUUCGGCAAGCCGUCAAUGCCUAUGAUACAAUGCGUUUUGGUCAUUUUCAAAGCUUGAAGGAUUUGGCUGAGAUUUAUGAGGCUACUCCGAAGCUGCUGGAAGAUUUAAAUUAUGUCAAUCUCACGAAGGUGGUGGAGUUUAUGGCCUGGAAAUGCCAUGAAAUGCUGUCCCACUGUUCGUGGUUGAAUGCCACAAAGGAUUGUUGUAAAAUAUUUGCCCAGCGAAAAUCACAGAAGGGAUUGUGUUUGUCCUUCAACACCAUUGAAUCGAAGGAGGGUGCCCUGAAGCAUAUUUUGGACCCCUACUAUCCGUGGCAUGUGGUGGGCUUUGGGGCCACGAAGGGGUUGUAUGUGGACAUACACAUCAAAGAGGGUUGGCAUUCACCGCUAAGCCACAAUGAUAAGGGGAUAUUGGUAAUGCACAAUGAGCCGUAUGUUUGGUCCUAUCUGCAUCGGGACGUACCCACUAGUACACGCACUGCCAUAUCCAUUGAUGCUUUCUUGAGGACUCACCAUCCCAAUUGUCGGGUCUACUCGAGUGAUGUAAGGCAGUGUGUUUUUGAGACCUAUAUAAGGUGUAAUUGUACCGUGGACUUGUUUUAUCCUCCGUCAGAAUUUCCGGCAUGCCGUCUCAAAGAUUUGCCUUGUUUAUAUCGGAAUGAUGAAAAACUACAGGUCUUUGAACAAAUUGGUGAAAUGGAUUUUGUGAAAUUUACCCGUCGCGGCAUGUACUGCCCCUGCUUUAUGAACUGCAAGUCGUUGCGUUAUCUAAGUGAUUUUCGUGUACAAAAUUUACCCAAAGCGGAAAUGGAUCCGAAUGAUACACGUAUUGAAUUGUCGGUGUAUUUUCUAUGGGAUACGAUUAUGGUGUAUCAGACGAGACCGGUGUACACCCUGGUGGAUUUGAUGGCUUCAUUUGGCGGCUUGGCCGCUCUGUGCAUUGGCAGCUCUCUAAUAGGCGUCAUCGAAUUUUUGUAUUUCCUCUUGUUCGAUCUGACCAAACAGUUUUAUCUAUACUUUAAAUGGAAGAAAACGAGUCGAGCCAAAUCUCAGGAUUUAAAAACGAAACGCAUUAAUGUAAAGGAAUUUCAAAUUUAG